GCCCGCGGAGAACGUCGUCACUAUGCCCUGAUUGUCAUGGUGGUCCAGUUUCGGUGUGUUCAAGUGUUCCAAGUGCAAGAACAACAUGUUUGCAUUCUUUCUCUUCGCGUUUCUCCUCCGGGGAGUCAUCUCCACGAACACCACAGUCGAGGAAAUCCCCGAGUCGUACCUCAACCUAGCCUCCGGGAACUCUCUGUGGACCUCCCUCCUCAAGAACUGCCCCCAGCCCACCAUGGCCUGCGUUGAAAAAAACAUGUACGAUUACCUCAGAGACACUUUCAGCCACCCCGAUGACCUAUCCGUGACGUCGUUCCUCAAGUUCGCGCGGAACGACGUCAAGUACGACCACGUUGAGCAGGACGACGACGAGGCAGAGGAGGAGCCCGCGAGUGCUUUUGAGGCGAUGUCGAGGUCUCUGCAUGGGCGGAGUGUGAACUUUUUGAUGAACCACGAUAUGGAGGUGAAGUUGCCGGAAAGUAUGUUUGACGGUAGUACUUUGAAGGUUUCGCCGAGGGGUUUUGAGGGGAGCGGAGCUUUGGUGAAGAUCGAGCUGGUUCCGAGACAGGUGGAGGUUGCGGAAGGAAGGAUCUUCAAGAAAAUUAAAAAAUUCAUCAGCGAGAAACUCAUCUAUGCCCUCAUGGCCAUCCUCCUAAUCAUCAAACUACUCGCCGCCAAGUUCAUGUUCCUCAUGCCCAUGAUGGUAGGCGCCGUCACGGCCAAGAAGCUCCUUAUCAAAGUCCUCCUCUUCCUCUUCCCUGCUCUUCACCACCUGUUUAAACUCUGCGCUUACGUACCUCACGGUACUAAAUUCCACCACCACAAGCACCACAUCCAGCACUUCCAUCACCUUAGUCAUUCUAAACCCCAUCACCAUCACCACCAUGGUGGUGAUCAUCACCAUGAUCAUGGCCCCCACGACUCUAUAGAAGUCAUCCACCCUCACGCUGAUGGUCCUCCUGUUCUGGCUGGUGGUCAAUGGCAUGGACACGGACACCAUACUCUCGAGUUGGAGGAACCCCACAAACCGUUGUACAAACCCCACGAGCAAGAACUAGAGUACUUCUCAGGUGGUCCCAGUUUGUCGCACCACUUCAUCAACCACCGCCAAGACUCCAGCGAAGACACCAACGAGGUGCAGCCGUGGGGUCAAGGUCAACACAAGAAACAACCCAACCGUCCAUUAGCCCCGAAAGAAAUCGAAGCCAUGGUACUGAAAGCAGAAAGGGAAGCGAUGUUGAAGGCACGUCUGCAGCAGGAGCGCCACCGCAUCCAAGAGGAAAACGCCCGGUUGCAGGAGCAGCUGCGCCAAGCCAUGAAACUGCAGGAUAAACUCAAGCAGCAGGCAGUCGCGGUCAAGGCCAGAGUGCCGGUAGCGCCGAUCCCCAUCCUGCAAACGCCGGAUGUUGAGCAGAAGCACGUCUACUCGGCGAAGGUCAAGCAGGAGGAACCGAAACCGCAGGAAAAUGCGUUCGAAAAGGCGCUGCACCAAGCGGCUGCGAUCACGUACGACCCGUUCUACAGCCCUAUAUUGGAAAAAAUCGACAAGAUUUUGGUCGGGUUGGGGGUGCGUGAUGAAGGGUGCCGGGAGAGGUUGAUUUGCAGCAUGUACAAGAACCCGACGAGGUUUAGUCCGCAUAGUAAUUUGCUGUCGGCGGAAUUGAGUAGGGACUCUUCCGAGCUUCAGAAACCAACUUCCACCAACGCCGCAGUCAUCCGGUUUUACCGGUAUGUGCAAGCAGCAAGAGAUGGCCAAGACAAGCGUGAAUGUUUAAGACUUUAUCCUUCAUGUGCUUUAAAUACUGAACAGUAGCGUGAAGUGCUAACUUUUUUCAGGAGUGAAAUAAUGUUUAGCAGUGAUGUAUAUAGUAAUACGUAUUUGUAGUCAUUAUAAUGCGCUGAGUCAUUAAUUUGUAAAUAGAAUAUAGAUUUAGAAGCUUUUAGAUGUAACGUAUUGCUCAAAGGAAACGCUUCUGCUUAUGGCAAUAGAAGCAUGAGUAAAUCUAGUUUAUGAAUAGACCAGGAUAACAAUAGUUCUAGUAUUCUGUACUAAGUAAAUUUUGUUAGUCAUAAAUGUAUACCGUGUGUCUAUAUUUAAAUUUUAGAGAAGUCAGGGUUUCUACUUUAAGUAGAAAAGUUGGUGUUAGGUGAAGUAGCAUUGAUUAUGUAUUUAUUAACCUAUUUAUUUCUUUCCUUUGCAUAUAUAUUAUAUAUUUGUGACUAUAUUUUAUUUCAAAGCUGACUCUUUUGUAGUAUAUAUUUUUAAUGUAGAGACU